AUGGCUGAGGAUCAAAACCUCCAGCAAUGGGCCACGGCCACUACGGCUGCCGUGACGGUGCUAGCUUUUGUGUGUGUCUGUCUGCGUGUGCUUUCACGAUUAGAACGGAAACAGAAACUCUGGUGGGAUGACUGGAUGAUUAUCUUCUCCAUGGCAUGGAAUCUCCUCGUCGUCGGCUUCAUCUUCGCCAUGAUCCACACCGGCAUGGGCAUCCACGCCACCCAGCUCUCCGACACCCAAAUCAUCCUCAUCGCCAAAUACCUCGUGGUGGCCGAAAUCCUCUACGUCUUCAACCUAGUCUGGACCAAACUCAGCAUCCUGCUAAUGUACUACCGCAUCUUCCACUUUCCCUACUUCAAGAAAUGGGCCUACGCUAUCGGCACCUUUGUCAUUCUCUGGGUGAUUUGCAUCACGUUUCUGUUUAUUUUCAUUUGUGUGCCUGUGCAGAAACUCUGGUAUCCGAGUCUUCCGGGGCAUUGUAUUAGUCAAGUCGGGACGUGGAUUGCCAAUGCAACGUCCACUAUUGCGACGGAUUUGAUUAUUCUUUUCUUGCCCCUGCCGCAGGUGUGGAAGUUGCAGUUGAGGUUGUCAGAGAAGGUGGCCCUGACGGUGGCGUUUGGAUUGGGGUUUUUUGUAAUCUUCGCCUCCGCAUACCGCUUCACCGUCCUCUUCAGCUACACGGCCCUCGACUCAAGCUACACUCUCGCCCCAACCGUCGGCUGGACCGCCAUCGAAAUGUCCGCCGGCAUCGUCUCCGCGUGCCUCCCCACCAUCCGUCCCGCCUUACAACUCUGUGUGCGCAAACUCGGGAUCCAGCGGUUCAUGCCUGCGUUGCUGCGGAGUCGGUCGGGGGGGUUAUCGUCCAAGACGCAUCCGAGUCAGGGGGUGGGGGAUGCGAGUGUGGUGGAUAGUACGGCGGGGAUGAUUGGGGGGAAGAGGAGGUCGUUUUAUUGUUUGCCGGAUGAGGAGGGGGAUGUUGGGAUGGGAAUGGGGGGGAUGGUGGGACAGCAGAUUCGGUUGGAUGAGGUGUUGAGGCCGAAGCAUGAUCGGGGUUUGACGGUGACGAAUAUUAGGGGGAGUAGGGGGGUGGAGUUAGGUGGGGGAGGUGAUAGGGGGGAUGGAGGGGAGGGAGAUGGGGAUGAGGUGCCGUUGCAUGGGAUAAGGGUGCAGAAGGAUUUUAGACAGGAUUGUUAG